AUGACGAUCAUCGACCACUCCUCGAUCAAGCGUGUCUCACAGGACGACGGCCUCGAGAGCAUCACCUUGCGCUCGGACCUCGCCGCCCGCUACACGUUUCUCAACGAGACGCUGCUCGAGGGCAUCGGGGCCGUCGCCGUCGACAACCGCUUCCGCACGAUGCUUGGGCUCAAGGAGGUUGUCCAGGACGACGCUGGCCAGCUCAUCACCGACGAGACCGCGUACCUGCGUCGCUGGGAGCAGCGUCUCCAGACGGAGGUCCGCCAGCUCGAGCAGACCGCCGCCAACGAGCCCGAUGCCCCGCACAAGACCGCCGACACCAAGGACACGCUGGACACGCUUCUUCUUGACCUUGACAGACCCUUCCCGGCCUCCUCCACGACGGCCCCCGUCGACGAAGACGCCGUCCUGGCUGCCUUCGACGCAGACUGUGCUCACGUGACCGCGGUCCUCGCCGCUCGCACUGAUAACAGCGGGCGGUGA